UCCAGCGGCGUCGGUAUGCUCUGUACAUUUUCGGAAAAAAUACAUUAAAUAAAAACAAAAAUCCGUGCAAGUUGUGGAUAUUUCUAAGAGGCUUGCUUUAUUAUAAAGUGUUUCCAAUUGAAUGUUCGUUGAAGAAAACAUAAAAUGUAAUAUAGCUAGCCCAAAAACAAGUCCGGGAGAUUUGUGAUUUUGUAACAGAAGCGAAAAGGAAAAAAAAAAAUACAAACAAAUAAAACAAAAAGCCAGCUUAAAACUGCUGCCGAAGUGAGAGAAACUGUAUCAUUUUGUGGCCAUCAUCGAAUUUUGGAUAUUGUGACGGCGGCGACUUUGCAAACGCCGGCAAAGUGGAUCCCCGUGGGGGAGGUCUUGGGCCCCAGGACUACGCCGGCAUGGUGGGAUUGCCGGGCAGUGGUUCUGGGGUUGUUCAAAAUGGUGGACCUGGACUAGGCGUACCACCGGUGGGCCCGGGCGGCCACAUGUAUCCUGGAGUAGGACCACAAGAUAUCCGCGAUAUUGUACAAAUGCCCCCGCCGCCGCCUUCAAAUGCUCCCACAUCGGCAGAUGCUUGCCUAAGUAUUGUGCACUCCCUGAUGUGCCAUCGUCAGGGCGGUGAAAGCGAAGGAUUUGCCAAACGUGCCAUUGAAUCAUUGGUCAAAAAGCUAAAAGAGAAACGUGAUGAAUUGGAUUCCCUUAUCACCGCCAUAACAACAAAUGGCGCACAUCCUAGUAAAUGUGUGACAAUACAGCGUACUUUGGAUGGUCGCCUACAGGUUGCUGGACGCAAAGGUUUCCCCCAUGUCAUAUAUGCUCGCAUUUGGCGCUGGCCCGAUUUGCAUAAGAAUGAAUUGAAACAUGUAAAAUAUUGUGCAUUUGCUUUUGAUCUCAAAUGUGAUUCGGUUUGCGUAAAUCCCUACCAUUAUGAACGCGUGGUUUCGCCGGGUAUUGAUUUAUCCGGUCUUAGCUUGCAAUCAGGACCUAGUCGUCUUGUUAAAGAUGAAUACUCAGCCGGACCCUUGGUGGGUGGCAUGGACAUUGAUGGCAACGAUAUUGGUACCAUACAACAUCAUCCAUCACAGAUGGUAGGACCACCGGGUGGAGGUUAUGGUUAUCCACAGGGACCUGUUAAUGAUCCCAAUCACAUGAAUGCCGCCGCUAUGUACGUAGCUGCUGCUGCAGCUGGUCGUACAAUACCAAAAAUUGAACCAAAUGAAGGAGGUCCGCGUAGCUCGUGGAUGGUACCUCCGCCACCACGACUGCAGCCACCUCAGGCGGCACAGGUGCCACAGCAAUCGCAACAACAGCCGCAACAAACGAGUGGUCCACCGCAAAGUACCACACAGCAGCAACAACAGCAGCAGCAUUCUGCACAAACGCAACAACAUUCACUUUCUGUUGGCCAUGGCAUGGGUAUGCCGGGUCCCAUGACUCAAGGUCCAGUAAUGGCCCCGCCUCAACCACAAAAUCCUCAGGGCAACGGUCAUGUGGGCCAACAUCAUGGCGGACCCACAAAUUCGCCCAAUGAUCCAACUGGCUUGGGAAUGCAACAAACCCAGCAAACGGUACCCCUGGCUGCUUCAAAUGGUGGUCAAACGGAUACCAGCAGUUACUAUGCGGCUCCCACUACAUCACAAUUGCCUAAUGUAGCUGAUGCUAAAUUUAAUGCAGCCCUCAACAGUGCUGGGGUACAGCAGCAGCCAAUAUCUCCACACAUGCAACAGAAUGGUUUUGUUGCUGGCGGCCAGGCUGGAGGUGCUGGCGGUGGCAGCCAGCAUAAUUACGGCCAAGGGGUGCAAGGUCAAAAUGCUCAAAACGCCAAUCAACCAAAUGCAACAGGCGGUGGCAGUGUGUCCGGCAAUACAGCUUCUCCUGCGGGUACUUGGACUGGCUCCUCCACUCUCACCUAUACACAGGCAAUGCAACCGCCAGACCCAAGGACUUUAUUACCGGGAGGUUAUUGGAACAACAUUAAUGUAAUGCCACAACAGGAACCACCUCGUUUAUUAUCGCGCCAACCACCUCCAGAAUAUUGGUGUUCCAUAGCCUAUUUCGAAUUGGAUACCCAAGUGGGAGAAACCUUUAAAGUACCCUCUGCCAAACCGAAUGUCAUUGUCGAUGGCUAUGUGGACCCUUCUGGUGGUAAUCGUUUUUGUUUGGGUGCUCUUAGCAAUGUUCACCGACAGGAGCAAUCGGAGAGAGCAAGAUUACAUAUAGGCAAAGGUGUUCAAUUGGAUUUGAGAGGCGAAGGUGAUGUUUGGUUACGUUGCCUAAGCGACAAUUCUGUAUUUGUACAAAGUUACUAUUUAGAUCGUGAGGCUGGCCGUACUCCGGGAGAUGCUGUACAUAAAAUAUAUCCAGCGGCUUGUAUUAAGGUAUUCGAUUUACGUCAAUGCCACCAACAAAUGCACUCACUAGCCAGUAAUGCUCAAGCAGCAGCUGCAGCACAGGCAGCUGCUGUGGCCGGUUUACCCAGUUCUCAGCUUGGAGCGCCGCCAAGAAAUAUUUCUGCCGCCGCUGGUAUUGGUGUCGAUGAUCUUCGACGUUUGUGUAUUUUACGUUUAAGUUUUGUAAAAGGUUGGGGACCUGACUAUCCACGACAAUCGAUCAAAGAGACACCUUGUUGGAUUGAGGUGCAUUUGCAUCGUGCUCUGCAAUUAUUAGAUGAGGUUUUGCAUACAAUGCCCAUAGAUGGUCCAAGAGCAUUGGCUUAGACACAGGGAUAAGAAGAGCUUAAGCAAAAAUUAUACAACAAAUAGGAAAACAACAGUGGGAAAGUGAAGAAGAGGAAGAACAACAACAACUACAGCAAAACCUGUUGUUGAAUAGAAAUAAAGACAAAUUCAUAUUGGUCAAAAAAAAAAAAAACAAA